AUGCGUUUGUCCUCAUUCCUCCUCGCGGCAUGUGCCUCGAGUGCAUUCGGGCAGUUCAACCAGAAUUUUAAGAGAUUCACAAACACCAGUAUUCCUGCCACUACGACUUCUGACUCCGUUCCUACUUCCCUCGAUACAAGUGCUACUACAACUGGUAGCACUGCCCCGUCUACUGCACCUGUCUCUCUUGGAACGGCUCAGCUUGGUCCAGGGGCUAGUUACACAACUGCACUUGAUGGUUCAGCGGCAGUAUCUCUCUUCAUCCGAAAUGGAGUUGCUUCCUUUAGACUCGUGCCCUUCCUAGCCAGUUUCGCGGGUCUUCGUGUCUUUGUUGUCUUCAGUAUCCUCGUCAGGCCUCCCCCCGGAGGUCGCAAGCGUCAAGCGUUCGAAGGGUGCAGCCUUGAAGUUCAGUUGGAUGGCCAAAGCAUCUACAACCAGGUAAUGACCAACACGGGUGGAGCAGAGGUUGGACAGAGAAGCAACCCUGUCAGGCUCAACGCCGAAGGUCGCCCUGAUCUCGAAUACUUCCUGACUUGUGGCUCUGAUGCUGUCGAGGUUGUUGUCUCUCAUCUCUCUUUUGAGCAAGCUGGCGACGAUGCCGAGACCUCGCCUAUUGCGCCCAUUCCAACUGGCACUGAGACGCCAGGUGUUACUGGCACCAACUCUGAGGGUGUUGUAACAAAUUCCGAUGGCGAGACUAUUAUUCCUUCCACCACUGCUGCCCUCCCCGGUACUAACUCCGAGGGGUUCACUACCAAUUCCGAAGGAGAGACUGUUCUGCCCCCUAGCACUAACUCUGCUGGUUUCACCACGAACUCGGAUGGCGAGACUAUCUUCCCUACUGAACCCGCCACUAGCACCAACUCUGAAGGAUUUACUACCAACUCGGAUGGCGAGACUAUCUUCCCCACCGGAACCGCAACUGGCACUGAGGAUCAAUCUUCUGCUCCAACUGCUACCUCUCUCGCUGGCUUCCCUGACUUCGUUGAUGCUUUCACCCUCUUUGGCUGUGUCGGAUCUAGUGAUGGUUUCCCCACUUUCGAGCUCGCUCAAUCAGAUACCUCUAUGGACCUGGAUCUGUGCUCUUCUCUCUGCCAAGGUCGAGCCUACUUUGGUGUCUAUGAUACUGACUGCUACUGUGGUGAUGAGAUUGAUGGCGACGACACCGCUCGCGUUGAGCUAGAUUCCUGCGAUAUUGAGUGCCCUGGAGAUGUCUCUCAGUUCUGCGGUGGUGACUCUCAGCGUCGCAGGAUGCACCGUCGCCAGACUAUUUCUUCUGAUCGCCUUCUCACUAUUUAUGUCGCUGCUGGCGGUCAAACUGAUGUUGUCACCAACGAAGUUACUCGAACCGUCACUGAUCAAUCAACUUUCGUCACUACCUUCGCUACUACAGUUGCUGGACCCGUCACCACCGCCACCGAGCGCGUUGUAUACAUCUUUGUUGAGGCCGACUGCGGCAACUGCAAUGGCCAGUGGGUCUAUAUCCCUGAAGUCUGUGACUGCCAGGGCGGUUUCCAAUAUGUUCCAUACUUCUGCUUUGCAGGCAGCUGCUCUGGAAAGACCGUGUAUAAGUCUGAGGAAUGCCAUGAUUGGUGGAACCACAAGAACUUUUAUGUCCCGACAGACUGCGAGGAAUGUUCCGGUGGAGAGAUCCUGUAUACGCCUUGGGAAGAUACUUGGGGUACACCCAAGAACUGCAAGCCCGAGGAGAUCCCUGCCUGUGAGGGUCGCAAGUGUCCUCCUGUCUACCCGGACAACAACAAGGGCCAGCACGGAGGUGGUGGCAGUGAUCAUGGUGCAGUUAUGCCUCAUGGUGGUUCCAACAGUGGUUCAAAUGGUGGCUCCAGCUCUGGCGAUCAGAGCAAGGGCUCAAACAGCAAUGGAUCAAAGGGCAACGGCCCCGAGUGCAUUGGAGAUGACUGCACCGGACCCUAUGGCGGCGAAUCAAACUCCAAGCCUAAUGGUUCUCAUGAGUCUGAGGGCGGUGACUACCAUGGCGAGUCCGCGCCUGACAGCAAGCCCACAGGACCGUCUACGGACAGCGGCUCACACGGUGAGCCUGCACCUGGUGGUAAGCCUACUGGCGUUCCAAUCGUGGUUAACGGCGCUGGCAAGCCAGUUGCUAGCUUGUUUGCUCUUCUGGCUGCACUUGCCCCUGCCCUUCUCUAG